AUGAAAAAAACAUGUCACCACUUCGUCGGAUUCUUACCAGACAGGGGGUUCGCCUGCAGAAACAUUCUUAAGCCGGCCCUGCACGGCAUGAAGAAAAAUGAGGAGGAAAACGUAAAGAAAUUGGGGUAUACGAAACCCACCCCAAUACAGAAAUAUGCCAUUCCCUUAAUCAUGAACGGCAGAAACAAAAACCACCCACCUUUGAACGGACUUUUACCGUCGGGUAAGGGCCUACCCACUAAGGAAUUCUUAAGCCGCCCUAGCACAGCUAAAAUGUAG